AUUAGUAUGUGGUGAGAUAUGCAUAGUGUUAAAAAUUCAUAAAUGUGGCAAAUGAUUUUUAAAAACCUGGUCUGCAUGAGCUUAAGACUGUUGUGUGAGUGUGUUAGGGGGUGGAGGAUAUUAAGGGGCCAUUUUUUUGUCCAGGUGGAUGAGUGGGUUGGUCACCGUUUGGGUCCUUUCCCCUGAACUUUGUGGCUCUGUUAUUUUCUGAAGAAGCGUGCAGCUGAACAAUGAACAUCUGGAGCAGUGUGACCGCGCGCACAAACACUGCUGCAAAAGAGCAAAGGCCAGAUGUGACAGGUCCAGAUGUGCGCCUUUAACCCCGACUCGAUAACAACAUGAUCUUUUUUUUUUCCCUCUCCCAGUCAGGCAGGAUUAGUUAAAUUCUGAAAAUGCGACACUCAUACCUGCCACUGAAACAGCGACAGCCCAGAAGAGCCGCGGGCGCUACAAUGCUAAUGUUGUCGGGGGCUUUGACUUCUCCCAGCCAUUGCAAAGACGCUGCUCCGUGUGACAGCCACGGCGCCGCUCUUCCUCCGGUGCUCGCUUUUUCACGCCUCUCCACGUCUCGCAGGUGUGUGCUGGGAGUCAAAAAAGGAAGAAAAAUAUCUCCAAAGUCUGCGCCGUAAUGGACGAAACGGACAUCAUGGACUUAACGCAUCAGAAAGCGAGGAAACGACCGCGUCCAAUCAGUUCCGUGGAUGAGUCGGUGCACGCGACCCUCAAACGGCUCCCGAUCCGAGCGCCGGAGUGCAGGGAGCCCUCCUCACUCAUGUUUGCAGUCCGAGGAGAGCCGGUGCCCGCUGCGUCUCUCAAGCAGAAUGACCAUUCGGUGACUUCCUCUCCAAACACAGUGAUGCCGGCGCAGGAUAAUCGGUCCAGCAUGUCCAGACCCAUGAUCACACGGUCACCAGUGUCUCCCUUGAGUAACCAGGGCAUCCCCACACCUGCACAGCUCACCAAGUCCAACGCCCCUGUGCACAUUGAUGUGGGCGGACACAUGUACACCAGCAGUCUGGCCACCUUAACGAAAUUCCCUGAAUCCCGAAUCGGUCGUCUCUUUGAUGGCACAGAGCCCAUAGUCCUGGACAGCCUGAAGCAGCACUACUUCAUUGACAGGGAUGGACACAUGUUCCGCUACAUCCUCAACUUCCUCAGGACGUCCAAGCUCCUCAUCCCAGACGACUUCAAAGACUACAGUCUGCUGUAUGAAGAGGCGCGGUACUUCCAGUUGCAGCCUAUGCUGGCUGAGAUGGAACGCUGGCGUCAGGACCAGGAGCUGGGCCGGGUGUCAUGCCCCUGCGAAUGUCUUGUGGUACGUGUUGCACCUGACCUUGGUGAGAGGAUCACGCUCAGCGGAGACAAAGCCCUGAUCGAAGACGUGUUCCCCGAAAUUGGCGACGUCAUGUGCAACUCUGUGAACGCCGGCUGGAACCACGACUCCACGCACGUCAUCCGCUUCCCUCUGAAUGGAUAUUGCCACCUCAACUCUGUGCAGGUUCUAGAGCGUCUCCAACAACGCGGCUUCGAGAUCGCCGGUUCCUGCGGCGGAGGUGUGGACUCGUCCCAAUUCAGCGAGUACGUCCUGAGGAGGGAACUGAGGAGGACGAGUCAGCGAGGACCCAAUUCAAACAGGAUAAAGCAGGAGCAGCUGGACUAGAGACCUCCCGACAGCAGGAGGUGCUAGACUUUUUUUCUGUGGCAGCCAAAACGCUUCAACGCUGCAGAGCUCUGUGGACUCUGUUUUUCUUCGUUUCCUUGUUGAUGUUUUUGUUUUCUUAAACUUGAGAACCAUCUAGAGAAUUAAAAAAUGAGGUGCAACAGGAGAUUUUUUGCCAUAAGAAGAUACAGGACAUUGGAUAAGUUUGAGAUUGCAAGGACAUUUGUGAUUGUCUAGCCCCCCAUGAGCCAAUUUAAAAAGGAUUUAUAUAUGCUGGAUCCCCACGCAAAGUUUGUUUUAAAACUUAGAGCCUACAUUAGGUUGAAUAUGAUUUCUAUUAUACCCAUAUAAAUUGAAAAAAAGGCUUUUAUCGCUGAUUUAUGUUGCAUAGCUUGUCACCAGUGACUAGAUUUUGUUUCCUCACUGGCUAAUUGGAAAAGUCUGUUUCUAUCCCUCGCUGUAUAAAAGGUCACUAAUGUGUUGCUUACAGUACAGAAUGUCUCAGUUGUCAUAAACAUUUGUUUGAAAAACAUCUUUUUUCACAAUUAACAUAAUGUUGAAUAUUGUGAUACCAAUGAAGUGUUUUUUUUUUUUUACUUUGAUGGAAGUUAUUUUAUUGGAUUUAGCCAUAAACUAUAGUUGACAUUAGUCUCAUUUAAACAUAAAAGCAUUCUAUACACAGUAAAUACAAUGAUUUAGGAAGUUAAAGUCACACAAUUUGCCUCACUGGGGAGUAUAAACAAUUCUUACAAUUAUUUGAUUGGAUCAUAAUUUCCUGCGAGUCAUGGCCUGUAAAUUUUCAUUGUAUAUGUGUUUGUGUUUUUUACAUUGAAUCUUUUUAAAGCAGAUUUGUUGCCUCAGACAUGACUGAACAGAUUAAAGCUUAUUGUACUACCCACUCCGAGAUCACUUUUACUUGUAGCACAUGUUGAUAAUAUGAAGUCGGAUAUAAAGAAUUUCUAUGACUGACCCACCUACGCUCCCUAGAUUUGAGAAAAGAGGAAUGUAGCAAAA